GUUUGAGAGCCUUGUAACUGUCUUCCUUCUAGAAUGAGAUGCUGGAGGAGGGCCAGGAGUAUGCUGUGAUGCUGUACACGUGGAGGAGCUGCUCUCGCGCUAUCCCACAGGUGAAGUGUAAUGAGCAGCCCAACAGAGUGGAGAUCUAUGAGAAGACAGUGGAGGUGCUGGAGCCUGAGGUCACCAAGCUCAUGAACUUUAUGUACUUCCAGCGAUUGGCUAUAGACCGGUUCUGUGGGGAGGUGCGUCGUCUCUGCCACGCUGAGAGGAGGAAGGACUUUGUCUCCGAGGCCUACCUCCUGACCCUGGGGAAGUUCAUCAACAUGUUCGCUGUGCUGGACGAACUCAAGAACAUGAAGUGUAGCGUCAAGAACGACCACUCUGCCUACAAACGAGCUGCCCAGUUCCUCAGGAAGAUGUCAGAACCCUCAUCCAUCCAGGAGUCUCAGAACCUCUCCAUGUUUCUGGCCAACCACAACAAGAUCACUCAGUCUCUGCAGCAGCAGUUGGAGGUGAUUAACGGCCACGAUGAGCUGCUGGCUGACAUAGUCAACCUGUGUGUUGAUUACUAUGAGAACAGGAUGUACCUGACCCCCAACGAGAAACACAUGCUGCUCAAGGUGAUGGGGUUUGGUCUG